AGUCAUGGAAGACGCAGAUCCCUACAAUCGCCAGAAAUACUCGUCCAGCUCGCGCACUCCCACUCAACGGGCUGCUUACCUUUCAUCGCAACCCAACAUGGACUCGACCGCUGCCCGCCGCUACUCGCCCAUGAACACGACCUCGCCGACUUCGCCAUACAUGUCCAGUCCCAAUCAGUACACUCCUCAGCAGAUGCGACAAUCGCCAACGCGUCACAUGUACUCGUCGCCUACUCAAUCGCGUCCGAACCUCCCCCCAAUCCAGUCCAAUACCGAUUUCUACCCCUCGCCCUUCAAUCAGAGCGGUCCCCACUCUCCGCGCCUACCUCCUCCCAACCAGUCCCACUCCGAGCCGCAGACUCGCGGUCCAGUCCCUACCUUCACAAAGUGCGACAACGUCGGCGAUUUGCAGCCUCGUGUAAAUGCCCAGCCGCCCUUUAGGAGAGCUCAUCCCGACGGCGGUUUUAUCUCGCCUCUACAGGCCUUGACUACACAGUUGCCUGCAACCUACAGAAUCUGCAACCCCAACUUCCAGUACGAGAGUUCGCGAAACCCGCGCCGAGUCCUCACCAAGCCAUCCAAGGGCACCAAGAAUGACGGUUACGACAAUGAAGACAGCGAUUACAUUCUCUACGUCAACGACAUUCUCGGCAGUGACGAUACCAACAACAAGAACCGCUACCUCAUCCUCGAUGUUCUUGGCCAAGGCACCUUUGGCCAGGUGGUGAAAUGCCAGAAUCUCAAGACACAGGAGGUUGUUGCAGUCAAGGUGGUGAAGAAUCGUACUGCAUACUUCAAUCAGAGCAUGAUGGAGCUCAACGGACGCAUGGACAAAAACGACGAUCACCACAUCCUUCGACUCAAGGACACAUUCAUCCACAGACAGCACUUGUGCCUGGUGUUCGAGUUGUUAUCAGUCAACCUGUACGAGCUCAUCAAGCAAAAUCAAUUCAGAGGAUUGAGCACUACUCUUGUGAGAGUCUUUGCCCAGCAAUUGCUGAGUGGCCUGUGUUUGCUCAGCAAGGCGCGCUUGAUCCACUGCGAUCUGAAGCCUGAGAACAUUCUACUCAAGAACCUCGAGAGCCCAAUCAUUAAAAUCAUCGACUUCGGAUCGGCAUGCGACGAACGUCAGACAGUAUACACAUAUAUCCAAUCACGCUUCUACAGAUCUCCAGAAGUUCUGCUCGGCUUGCCCUACUCGGCAGCUAUCGACAUGUGGUCUUUGGGUUGCAUUGUCGUCGAGCUUUUCCUCGGGUUGCCUCUGUUCCCUGGUUCAUCCGAGUACAACCAAGUAUCGCGAAUCACCGAGAUGCUCGGCCUUCCUCCCACCUGGAUGCUCGAAGUCGGCAAGCAAUCAGGCGAGUUCUUCGAGAAAACACAUGACGAGUUUGGUCGUAAAACAUACCGUCUCAAGCCAAUGGACCAGUACUCGAGAGAGCACGGCACAAAAGAGCAACCCAGCAAGAAAUACUUCUCGGCUACAACACUCCCUGAAAUCAUCCGCAAUUACCCAAUGCCGCGUAAGGGUAUGAAGCAAGCCGAGAUUGACCGUGAAAUGAACAACAGAGUCGCUUUCAUCGACUUUGUCCAUGGUCUUCUAAACAUCAACCCACUAGAGAGAUGGACACCACAGCAGGCUCGCACUCAUCCUUUCAUCACCCAACAAAAGUUCACUGGCCCCUUCCAGCCUCAGAUGCAUCUUAAAUCGUCAUCAUCUCGCUCACCUGCCCCUGGCCUUCAACAACAGCAGCAAGCCGAGGCUCUGUCCAAGCAGCGUGCCCAGGCUGCACAACAGCAGCAGCAUCAACAACAACAGGCCCAAUCUGCUGCCAACGCUGCUUAUGCCAAUAUGCACAUGCAACCUCCCGGCUACCCAGCUUCUCCUCACGCUCAGCAAUCGCCCAUGUAUUCCAAUAUGUACACUCCCACACAGCAGCAACAAGCUCCUCCUCCAUACCCUUCGGCCGCCGUACCCAACGCAUAUAACCAAGCUCCAAUGCUGCAGCAACCGCCGCCGACCGCUUCCAUGCACGGCCACCAGUCGAAUCAACUGCCCUACCAGCACAAUCAGCCCCAAUCGUCGCUCUAUGCUCAAGCCACCACACGAGCUGGUCGUCAGCGUGCCUCGACCAUGGACCUAGCGAACGGUAUUCCCUCGACCUUGCAACGAGUAGUAUCACACCUCGAUCCCAAUGCCCCCAUCCGGCUGCAACCUAGCCCGGCCUACUAUCCUCCUCCAAAUGAGCAAACAGGUGACGUUGGUAAUGUCGGUGGCAGAAGACGCAUGAGCAGAGGACCAAGAGAUGCUCGAACCCAGACAAACUUUGUACGACAGCUGGAAGAUCGUACACUGGAAGAAGGAUGGACAGGUGGAAACAACAACGGCGGUGGUAGUUGGGCU